AUGGGCUGGGGCGCCCUCUGCGUUGCCGGCGGCGGAGCCUACUACUUCGCGAAGCAAUCCAUCAACGCCGACCGCCAAUCCCGAUUUGAAGCCGAGGUCAAGCGCAAGGCUCAAAUGAAAAUGAUGGAGGAAGAGCACAAGCGUCAAGCCUUGGCUGUGCCGGCACACACCAACAGCGACCCGAGUUCGAAUCUCGCGAAGAUGGCCAAAUUCCAAAAUGGUGCCGACGACGUUGCCUCGCCGAGCGUUGAGGCUUCGCACGACCCAGCACCUACCCGGCAUGAACCUCUGACCGAAACCGACCGUUUGUUGGAGAAGGGGAAAUAUGAGGCGGCACAGCCGUACCGCCCUCCCUCUGGAAACCGAUUCAGCUAA